CGUUGCUCUGGGAGGAGGCUGCCUGCUUCACCUUCAACCCCUCCAACCCUCCAACCUCCAACCCUCCAACAAACCAUCUUGAGCUCCCUCUUUUCCCUCUCCUCCCUCUCCUCCCUCUCUGUCGAUCCACCUUUUGAGAGAUUUGGUGCCAGCAACCACGUUGAACAUAACACAUCUCUUUGCGGGACCUUCAAAUAUUUACCGCCUUACGCCCAAUACCGACAUAGAAAGGGAGACCCUCCCGCUCUAUGGGCUCCUCGACCACUCGCCUCCCAGUAGUCGAUUUCCUCACUGUUCCACACAUAUUGAUCCUAUUUCUCUUGUAGUGUCUUCUUCUCCUGGUUUUCCUUCUUUUAUUCCGCUUCCAGAACCCCGGCCAUCGACAUGGCGUCGUCCACCCCCAAUCCGACGCCGCAGAUGGUGAUGCAGCUUCUAAACAAGUUGUCCGAGGCCGACCCCGACUACCGCUUCAUGGGCCUCAAUGACCUCAUCGCCAUCUUAGAGAGGGCUAAGCCCGACUUCCUACAUCACGAUUACAAUGUCGCCGCCCGCACUGUUGAUAGCGUCAUCAAGACCUUGGACGACCAGAAUGGCGAGGUCCAAAAUCUCGCCGUCAAGUGCCUCGGACCCCUCGUUAUCAAGCUCCCUCCGGCCGUCAUAGCCCCCAUGUUAGAAAAGCUCUCGUCCAUCAAGCUGAAGAACUCCAUCGAUGGUGCCGUCCCGUCCUUGGCUCUGCGCACCGCCAUCAUGUCCCUGGCCCGCCCUAUUCCGGGCGUCCCACCUUCUCGCGACACCCAGGAGGCUUAUUCCGCCGUCAGUCGUGUUUUGAUCCCACGACUGCUUGGCCCGGGCGACAAGAUCCAACCCCCGCCAUCCAAAGUCCCCUUGCCGCCCAUUCCAGAAGGCCUGCUGCAGAACGACAAGGACCUGAGCCCUGAGGCCGUCGACGUCCUCGUCGAGGUUGUCAGGUGCUUCGGCAUCAUGCUCUCCCCGCUCGAGGUCGAAGCCAUGCUGGAUUCUGUCAUGAACAUUCUCGAGAAGGACCGCGGCUCCUCCGCCGUCAAAAAGCGCGCCGUCGUUGCCGUCUCCAUCCUCGCUCCCCACCUAUCCGACAGUCUACUGGCCCAGCUCACGCAGGGCAUGGUGAACGGCCUCUCCAGACCAGACAUUCGUCCCGUAUCCCGCCGCCUCUACAUCUCCAUCCUGGGGUCCGUCGCCAGGUCCAUUCCCCACCGCUUCGGUCCCCACUUGCCCGCCCUGGCGCCUUUCGUCUUCCAGGCAUUGGGCGAGGCAGAGCUGGCGAAGCAUCUCGAAGAAGUUAGCGGCGGGGAAGAUCUGGGCUUCGAGUAUAACGACGUGAGGGAAGCGUCCCUCAUUGCCCUGGAAGCCUUCCUCUCUUCGUGCCCCACCGAAAUGGAACCGUUUACCGAUGAGACCAUCCAGGCCUGUCUCCGCUUCCUCAAGUACGACCCCAAUUUGGCCGUCGACGAGGAGGAGGACGAGGACAUGGAAGAUGACGAGGAGGAUGACGAAGACGAAGACGACGCGGUCGACUUUGGCGGCGAUUAUGACGACGACGACGACGACGACGACGACUCCAGCUGGAAAGUACGCCGCUGUGCGGCCAAGGCGCUUCGGACCUUGAUUUCGACCAGGGCCCACGGCGAACUCCUGUACAGCGGCAUUCUCUACUCCCGGGCCGGCCCUGCCCUGGUCAAAAAGUUCGACGAACGGGAAGAGAACGUGCGGCUCGAGGUCAUCAGCUGCCUGUCCCUCCUCGUGCGCAAAACGGGCGAAGAUCUCUAUCCCGGUUCCGUCGAUUGGAACCUGGAAGGCCAGGAGGACGACGUGUCCUACAAAUUGCCCAUCAGCAGAAAGCGCCGACGCCAAAGCAGCGUUGCCGAACCGGGCGCCAUUUCCCCCACGCUGGAAAGGGCCCCGGCUACGGGUCCUCGAGCCGACCUGGCCCGCUUGACCCCUGGCGUCAUAAAGGCGUCCUUGAAGCACUUGAAGACCAAGGCCAUCCCGACCAAACAGGCCAUCCUCAAUCUCCUCGACGACAUUGUCAAAGUGCAACGUGGCGGCUUGAAUGAUUACCUCAACGAUAUCGUUGGCCCCGUUAUAGAGUCUGUCAAGUCGGUCGACGCGUCCGGGUACGCGUCGUCCGUGACCGCGACCGGAGGCAACGCAUCCGCGACACCGAGCACCCUGCGCAUGACGGCGCUGCGUCUCGUCAGCAGCAUCGCCAAGACGCACCCGUGUAACAUCCUGCAGCCUCAUCUCCCCCAGAUUGUGGCUGCGGUUACGACCGCUGUGAACCACCGCUUCUACAAAAUCUCGUGCGAGGCGAUACGGACGGUGGAGGAGAUCGUGAAGAAUAUUACCCCGCCGCGGUCACGGCUCAAUACGCAAAAGUUUAGGGGCGAACUGCAGAAGCUUUUCGACACGGUGGUCGAGAGGACCACACAAACUCAGGCGGACGCCGAAGUUCGCCAGCGGUCGAUCCACGCGCUCGGCGUGCUCGUGGCCCGGACCAUCAGUGCCGAGGGCGGCGAGCUGAUAUCGGCCGAGAAGCGGAAGGUGGCAUUGGAUCUCUUGCUGGACCGCAUCAGAAACGAGACGACCCGGCUUGCCGCCGUACGAGCGGUCGACAACGUGGCCUUGUUCUGCACGAGCGCCGAUCAGCUGGAGAGCGAGUGGAUCCGGCCCAUCGCUUUGGAGCUCGCCACGCAGCUUCGGAAGUUCGACAGGGGCAUCCGGACGUCUAGCGUCCAGGCGCUGAAGCAUCUGCUGGCUUCUCCUGCGGCCAAGGGCAAGCUUGAUCCGGAUACGAUCCGGGCCGCCGUGUUGGCGAUAGAUACGCUGAUCAGCAACCAAGACACACACUCGCUGGGGUCGGCUCUGCUCAUCCUGGCCUAUCUGGUGGAAGAGGAUGCCGACCUGGUGGUGACGCCCAAGAUGGUCAACGCGGUGUGCGAGCUCUUGAAGUCGACGUACGCCGGCAUCCUCCUUGACCAGCUGCUCACGCUCGUGGCCAAAGUCGGCGAGAGCGGCGCGGGUCAGCCGUUGAUGGCAGGGCUGCUCCAGUCGGUGAGCAUCGAAGGAGACCCCUCCGUGGUUGGCAAGGUCAUCGGCGCACUCCUCGUGAGCAGCGGCGGCUCGGCCGGCGUCACCAUCGACAGCUUCGUUGCGGAGCUGCGGACCAGCGCUCAGAAGAGAGACGAUGCCCGGGCCAUCUUGUCGCUGGCUGUGUUGGGAGAGGCGGGACUGCGGCUGGGCGAGUCGUCGCCACUGGGGCCCGACCUCUUCCUGAGCCAGUUCCACUCGGAGCCGGACAAGGUGUCGAUCGCGGCGGCGGUGGCCCUUGGGCGGGCCGGGUUGGGCAACGUGUCCCGGUACCUGCCGGUCAUUCUCGGGACGAUGGAGAAAGGGGGCAACACGCAGUACUUGGCCAUCCAGUCCAUCAAGGAGAUCCUGCAGCACAUGUCGGGGCAUUCGGUCGACAUGUCGCAGUUUGCGGGGCCUCUCUGGAGACAACUCCUGACGGCUUCGACCAACCCGGAGAAUACGGUAGCGUGCGCCGAGUGCGUGGGGAGGCUUGUGAUUGUCGACCCGAAGACGUAUAUGCCCGAGUUGAAGUCCCUGCUGAAGCACAGUGACCCUGCCAUCCGCGGCAUGGCGGUGCAGGCGGUCAGAUACACGCUCCCCGAUAGCGACGACGGGUUCGAUGCGAUGCUCAGGGACGCCCUUCUCGAGAUGCUGUUGACGAUGCUGACGGACUCGGAGAUGGACAACCGACGGCUGGCCAUGUCUACGCUCAACUCGGCCGCACACAACAAGGCGGAUCUGAUCCUGCCUCAUCUCAACCAACUCAUGCCCAUCGUCCUGGCCGAGUCUAAGGUUAAGCCAGAGCUGGUCCGGGAGGUGCAGAUGGGACCGUUCAAGCACAAGGUGGAUGAUGGGUUGGAAGUGCGCAAGCUCAAGCUCAAGAAUGCUGACUUUACAUCCAACACACAGAGCGCCUACGAAAUGUUGUACGCUCUUAUGGACACGGCAUACUCGCGCAUCAACAAGAUGGAACUGUUCGACCGGGUGAUCGCCGGACUUAGGGACGACAACGACAUCCGGUCGCUGUGCAACCUGAUGCUGUCGAAGCUGGUGAAGAUCGACCCAGACGAGACGACUCGGCGGCUCAACGGCAUCGCGGAGGCGUUCCGGGGGGUCUUGUCGACCAAACUCAAGGAAGGUUCGGUCAAGCAGGAGGUGGAGAAGCAGGAGGAGGCGAACCGGAGCGUGCUACGGGUGUCGCUGAUGCUGGCGGAUAGGGUGGCGAACAGCAAGUCGGGCAGCGGGGUCCAGGCGGGACACAGCAACCAGGGGCGGCAGGACUGGGAUGCGUACUGGGAGUGGGCGAUGAAGGAUUACCAACCGAUGCUCAAGAGGCUUCGGGAAGAGAACGAGGUGAACCGAAGAGACGGCGCUUAG